AUGUUUCGCAAUGUUCCUAUCGCAAGGAAGAUACUUGAAGCUUAUAGAAAACUUCCAUUUUCAGGUCUUCUUCCUCUAACUCCUGAGAUGCAACCCAUAAUCGAUGAAGCUGACAAAUCAAAGAAAGCACAAGCUAGCUCAUUUGCAGCUCCUACUCCAAUAAAGAAGCGAAAGAUAAAGAAGACAUCUCGCAGGCCUAGAUCUCCAACUGCAAGUGACAAUGAAGGUUCUCAGUCGAACUCGGACGUUCGCAUUGGAGGGGAUGAGCAAAUCCAAAACGAAGACACUGCUAGAACUUCACAACCUGAGGUUUCGCAGUCGAUUUCUUUGAAUCUUGAGGUAACUGUUGAGAUUCCUGUGUUGGUUCCUUUUUCUACUAAUUUCAUUGAGAAUGUCUCUAUUCUCUCUCUUACUACCAUUGUCUCCAUGCCCACAUGUCACUUUGGGAAUUUCGCAAACCCCACCCAUUUUCACCGAUUCCACCACGACACCAGCAACAUCUGUUGA